UGUUUGUUUUAUGCAUAUUUACUAAAACAACAUAAUCCCACCCCGAAUAAAACAAAAAUCAGUCUGCAGGAGAGGUGACAUAUUCUGUCCAUCUGCCAAACUUUUUACAGUACGGUGAAACGAACGGAUUUGAGUCUGCACGAAGAGCCGUGCGCCCCUCGGGGACCUCGUGUGCACUUCGAGGAUGCACACUGCAAAAAAUACUCAUCACGCAGGUCAUUAGACAUGUAAUGAGUGAGAAAACGUCCAUUUUCCUUCUCUGAAAGUGAGAAUCGGGUGAGAUAUUGUGCCUUUUGUUUCCUGUGCGAAACAGCCUUUUUUUUUUCUUUUCCGGACUCGAUCUUUCACAUCCUUUAAGGAGACGUACUAUUAAUGCCUGUUGUACUUGUAUCCAUACGUACGCGAGAGAUUUUCUUUCUUUCUUUCUUUCCUUCUUUCCAGCGCGCAACAAUUGACCUGCUUAAUUUGACAGGGGGGGGGGAAAUUGCCAAAUGGCUUUGGAGAAUCAAGAGUUUUUUUCCCCUUAAACGGGAUUUUCUUUUCUUUCUUUCUCUCCUUCUUUCGUUCUUUUUCAGGGCAUCUCUCGCUGAAGUCAUUCUCCGUUUCGUGCGCGGCAGCAACCAAGGACAGGAGAGCAUCAGCAGGGAGAGAGAAAGGUGCCUCCUCUCCUCUCCGCUCCUCUUCUCUCGUCUCCUCGCCAUUGCGCUCAUUGUGUCGCUGCUGAAUUGCUCGUCAGCGCGAUCGCUCCUGUGACCGGAGGCUGCUGGAAGAAGAGGAAGAAGAAGAAGAAGAAGAAGAAGCGGAGGGACACAAACACGGACAAACCUAUGCGUGGAUUUCGGCUCUUUUCCCCUUCGCCAAUGCAAAAGGAAAUAUGCAGCGAAGCUUCACCUUGCUCUACACCAGUUUACUGGGGAUAUGCCUGGGUUCGGGCUCAAGUUUCCCAAGUAACAUCAACAUAGGAGGAUUGUUCCCCAACGUUUCGCACGAAUAUGAGGUGUUCCGGUUCGCCCUCUCUCACCACCAGGACAUCCCCAAACUGGUGUCGCAUGUGGAUAUGGUCAUAAUGGGAAAUAGCUUCUCCAUGACAUAUGCCUUUUGCUCCCAGUUCUCCAAAGGUGUGUACGCCAUCAUUGGCCUCUAUGACAGGAAGACUGUAAACAUGCUCAUGUCGUUCUGCGGCGCGCUGCAUGUCUGCUUCGUCACGCCAUCCUUCCCCAUUGAGACCGCUAACCAGUUUGUCAUCCAGUUGAGGCCUGAACUCCAGGACGCUCUGGUGGGAGUCAUCGAGCACUAUGGGUGGAACAAGUUCGUCUACAUGUACAGCUCUGACUCAGGGCUUUCGGUGCUGCAGAAGGUUCUGGACACAGCGGCGGAGAAGAACUGGCUGGUGACCUCGGUCAACGUGGAGAGCAUGACAGGGGACUCCUUCAUGAAAGUGUUCAAGGACCUGGACAAGUGGAAGGAGGGGAAUAUUAUCAUUGAUUGUGAGACCGAGAGACUCACUGGGAUUCUCAAAGAGAUUGUAGAACAAGGAAAGAACGCAAAGAGCUUCCACUACAUCCUCGCCAACCUGGGUUUCCUAGACAUUGACCUGACAGACCUGAGGAAAGGCGGUGCCAACAUCACUGGAUUUCAGCUUGUUAACAACUCCGAGCCGAGCGUGAGCCGCAUCGUCCAGCAGUGGAUGGAGUUUGACAACAAAGACUCCAAAAUGCCCAAAACUGGACUCAAAUACAUGGGCGCGCUGACAUAUGACGGGGUGAAAGUCAUGUCCACAGCCUUCCAGUAUCUGAGAAGACAGAGGAUAGACAUCUCUCGCCGCGGCAAUGCUGGAGAGUGUCUCGCCAACCCGCCAGCCCCUUGGGGACAGGGCAUAGACAUCCAGAGAGCCUUGCAGCAGGUUCAAAUUGACGGAUUGACUGGUCACAUACAGUUCAACGAGAAGGGUCGCAGAACCAACUAUACUGUCUGUGUCAUGGAACUGGCCCCAUCUGGACCCAAGAAGGUUGGCUACUGGAAUGAAGAUGAGAAGUAUGUGAGCACAGCUAGCCUCUCAAGGGUCAAUAAUGACACACACGGACUGUUGAACAGGACAUAUAUAGUCACCACUAUUUUGGAGUCUCCCUAUGUGAUGCAAAAGAAGAACCACGAACAGCUCGUAGGAAAUGAUAAGUACGAAGGCUACAUUGUAGAGCUGGCUGCAGAGAUAGCAAAGCAUGUGGGCUACCAAUACAAGCUUAAGAUUGUUUCCGAUGGCAAGUACGGAGCCAAAGAUCCUGAAACCCAGAAGUGGAAUGGCAUGGUUGGAGAACUGGUCUAUGACAAAGCAGAUCUGGCUGUCGCUCCACUUACUAUCACGCUAGUCCGUGAAGAGGUGAUAGACUUCUCCAAGCCCUUCAUGUCUCUUGGUAUUUCUAUCAUGAUCAAGAAACCCACAAAGUCCAAGCCUGGUGUGUUUUCCUUCCUGGACCCACUGGCUUACGAGAUCUGGAUGUGCAUCGUGUUCGCCUACAUCGGCGUCAGCGUCGUCCUCUUCCUCGUCAGUCGAUUCAGCCCUUACGAGUGGCACGCCGAAGACUACGAGGAGGGAGCCGAGCCUCAGACUCCCACGCAAGCGGCGGCCUCCAACGGCGUGCAGCCGAGCCAGACGCCAACGCAGCAGAACGCCAACCAGCAGAGUCCAGAACAGACCAACGAGUUUGGCAUCUUCAAUUCUCUUUGGUUUUCGCUCGGCGCCUUCAUGCAGCAGGGUUGUGAUAUCUCACCACGCUCUCUGUCUGGUCGCAUUGUCGGUGGCGUCUGGUGGUUCUUCACCCUGAUCAUCAUCUCCUCCUAUACGGCCAACCUGGCUGCCUUCCUGACCGUAGAGAGGAUGGUGUCUCCUAUAGAGAGCGCCGAGGACCUGGCUAAGCAGACGGAGAUUGCCUAUGGAACGUUAGAUGCCGGUUCGACGAAAGAGUUCUUCAGGAGGUCAAAGAUCGCUGUGUUUGAGAAGAUGUGGUCCUACAUGAAGUCCGCUGACCCGUCAGUGUUUGUCAAAACAACGGAUGAGGGAGUGAUGCGGGUCAGGAAAUCCAAAGGCAAGUACGCCUACUUGCUGGAGUCCACGAUGAACGAGUACAUAGAGCAGAGGAAGCCAUGUGACACGAUGAAGGUGGGAGGAAACCUGGACUCAAAAGGUUAUGGGAUUGCCACGCCCAAGCGCUCCCCUCUAAGAAUCCCAGUAAACCUAGCGGUGUUGAAACUGAAUGAGCAAGCCGUCUUAGACAAACUGAAAAACAAAUGGUGGUACGAUAAAGGCGAGUGUGGCAGCAACGACGCCGCAAGAAAGGACAAGACAAGUGCUCUGAGCCUCAGCAAUGUGGCAGGAGUCUUCUACAUCCUGAUUGGAGGCCUGGGCCUGGCCAUGCUGGUGGCACUGGUGGAGUUCUGCUACAAGUCCCGGACCGAGUCGCGCCGAAUGAAGCAGUCCAUCAACGAUGCCAUGCGCUGCUCCACCUUGACCAGGAUGAGUGGUAACGGGAGUGGAGGAGAGAACGGACGAAUCCUCACCCAUGACUUCCCCAAGACGGUUCAGACGCUGCCCUGUAUGAGCCACACCGCCAGCAUGGGACUGGGAACCUCCGGCAUGUGAUCACCAUCUCGUCCCGCUGGGAUCUACGGGACCGUCAGGGUCGGGGGUGGGGCAUAACGGGAGCACUAAAAAUCAUGGCCGUCUGGUUUUAGACCAACCUACUCUCCUGGCUGUCAAUGUGCUCGACUUAAAAAAGAAGAAAAAAAUGAUCAUAAUUAAGACUUGAACUUACUGCCAAAAUGCACUCUCCAAACCGCUCCCAAAUAAACUAUGAACAGCAACUCCACUUUUUUUUUAAUAAAUGGAUGUUUAAAAAUAAAAAGAAAGAAAUGUGCUGCAAUAAAAAAAAAUAAAAAAAGCCGUCAACGGAGCGUGAUUUUGACAUUUUUUACAGUGUUCAUCUGUGUGGAAUAAAAAAAAAAACAACUUAUUCUUCAGUGUGACGACUGCGCUGUGCCAUUUUGAUGGAGCUGUUGACCUUCGUCUGCGUGUGCAAUACUCUCACCUCCGCUGCCGGCCGGAUGCUUUCCGACCGGCCGGCGGGAUGCGUCUCAGCACGGAUCGGACGCAGGAGGGGACGAACACUUGUGACUGCUGCGAUAUUGUUUUUGGGGACAUUUGCCCUUCCCGUUCACUCCCUUUUUCACAAACACUCCAUUUUUGAAGAGCAGAUUGCUUCGUUAAGCAGUUUUUAUGAUAAAGUGUUAUGGUUUACACUGUUGUGACGGCAUAGAGCCUUGAUGGAGAAGGUCCGAGUUCUGGCCCAGUGAAGAAUGACUGUUGAGGGACUCGGCAGUUGACCUGGCUACAAUGAACAAGCGUUGCUGCUACACCUCAUUUCACUCCUCUUGCCUUGUCUUGCUGCCGUAUGAUCAUUUGCCCCAAAUACACACAGACGCAAAGUCAGGCGAAAGUAUUCACCCCCCUCCUUGACAUUUUUUGUGUUUUCCUACCUCACAACCUGGAAUUAAAAUGGAUUAUUUUAAGGAAUGCAUCAUUUUGUUUACAUGCCAUGCCUACAACUUUGAACAUCUUCCCACUGGGAUGUUUGCCCAUUCCUCAAGGCAAAUUUGCUUAAGGUUCCUUCAACUUAGAUAGUUCUCAAUUGGAUUUAGGUUGAGGCUUUGACUAGGCCAUUCCAAUACAUUUACACAUUUCCUCUUAAAUGUGUAAAACAUUUAAGACUACUGUUGUUUUAGUGGUAUGCUUUGGGUCACUGUCCUGUUGGGAGGUGAACCUUAAUUUUGUGCCAGAGAUAGUGGUUUCCUUGGUUACUGAAAAGUUUAAUUUUGGUCUCAUCUGACCAACGCACCUUCUUCUAUACAGUCCGAGAGUCUCCCACAUGCCUUUUGCUGAACUUAAAGUGGCGGCAGUGGGAGGAGUUCAUCUUGUAAUCUGUGGGUUGCUGGUCCGAAUCUGUGCUCUGAUUGCCGCAGUUUUUGUGUCCUUGGGCAAGACACUUCACCCACCUUGCCUGUUGGUGGCAGUCAGACUUAAAUUCAUCACGAAUGUAACUUCUGAACUGGUUGCACCUUUUAGAGGCUUCAUAGUAAAAGGAGUGAAUAGAUGUGCACAAGCUAAUUAUCGGUUUUUAUUUUAAAAAAUAUAUUUUAAGAUUAACAUAACAUUUAAAUACAGGUUGUAAUGUAACAAAACACACAAAAAAAAUGCCAAGAGCGGUGAAUACUUUCGCAAGGGACUGUAAACUCCACUCCUGUUGCUUCUUGGUCGUUGUUUGGGCGGUUUAUGGUUAAAUUCAGAGACAUCUAUCUUGAAGAAAAAAAUUAGUGUUCGGCUACGUCUGGCACAGAGGGACCUUACACUGUAUUCUAUUGUAAAAUUCAUAGCAUAUCCUGUAUAAAGCGGACUGCGAACAUCUUCCUCGUAUUAUUGUGGCCUCAUUGUUCAGCCACUCCCGGUGUAUUUUCAGCUGUCUGCAGUUUUAAUGAAAUUGGCAGCAUGCACGGUUUAUUGAGACGGGCAUAUCCCCUGCAGAUUGUGCGUGGCCUAUAAAAGGAAGGUUGGCCUCAUCUGUCUUGCUGUCGGUAGCUAAUGGUGGAAAGAGGCGGAACUGACACAGUUUGAAUGACUGACUGACUGUGUUUCUAUGGGGGGGAGAGGUAAAGCAUUUUGGAAUCACUGUGUGGAGAAAAGAAACAUGGAUCUACAUUAGAGGAUGGCAGUGUAAACAAAGGCAUCUGAGGCUGGGGAAGUUAUAGGAAAAUCAAUACUUUGAACCUUGAGUCUUUGUUAUAUAUUUUUGCACUUGUUGGUUUAGUUUAAUACACUCAGUGUUAAAUUAUCAAUACAUGUCGUACCAAACUAAAAUGCUCUCAUUCUGUUCUCAGCUGUACAGACCACUUUGUGUUCGUAUCACCGCCUGGUUUUUCUCUGGGCCUUACAGUUUCGUCCCACAGUCCAAAAUCAGGCCAAGAUUGCUGCACUUCACAAAUUCGGUUCAACGCGUUUACAUGCAGAAUGACAUAUUUCAAGGGUUUCUGUUAGUUUUUAUGAGUACGGAUUACAGAUCCCGAAAACCUCAUUCAAAAUUCAACUUCCAACGCUUGAGUUAGGUCACUUUGUGUGGACUGAAUCUUUUUAAAUAGUUUCAAGGUUUAGAUUUGUUGUUGUUGUUGUUGUUGCAUCAAAUGCUCAAUACAAAAGCAACAUUUUCAUAAUAUUCUCAUUUGCUCAUACUGAGCACCCGAGAAAAAGUCAGAUAUUAAUGAGGAUUAUGUUUUGCUAGCUGUGCUUGAAUGAUCUGAUCCUUUUAGAUGUCUGCACUUUUUUUUCUUCUAUUAUUGGCAGUGGGCAGAGUAGAAGGUGUGAUCACAGCUUUUCUUGGGGCAGCAUCUCAUCUGAAAUGCGCUGACAGUUGUUGAGCCGUUUCCCUUUAGAUCACUGUCAGUCAAAUAAAAAAAAACAGACAUGGAUACAGCUUUCAUAAAUAUGUCUUUAAAUAUAAAGAGCAGCAAUGGUUUUUUUGGGGGUGUUUUUUGCAUUUGUCUCUAGGUAAGUUUUGAUGGAUUUUCGCAUAUUCAUCCUCUCACGGUGCAAGAGUGUCUUAACAUUUGCUGAAGUACAAGCUCAUAAAUUACAACGAUGCCCCGAGCAUGGUCUCCCAGGUAAAUCUCUGUAUGUAACAUAGCAUUUUUAUGCCUCAUUGGGUUUACUUCCUGCUCAUAAAUAAUGAGGAGAAUCCACUUGAAAAAGCAAGUGAUAUUUUUGUACAAACCUGGACCAAAAACAAAUAUUUGGGGAUCUUAAAUGAGAUUAUUUUAGUCAGUGCUACCAUGGAUAAGAUAUUGGGCAAUGUAAGAUUAUUUAAGACCACAGAGCAACAAUUUCUACUUUUGCUAACAUUUUAAUUAUUACAGUUCUGAUAUAGAGUGAUGCAAAAAGUUGAAGUUAGCUAGUUAGUUAGGUUGGCCAUCUGCUUGGGUAGAAGCCGACUUCUAAGCAAGGACGCUACUCAUAGCUUAUAAAUAUAGAUGCUCACUUCAAAAUCCUUUAAAAGUUUACUUUUAUCAAAAAAGUAAGACUGCAAAUAAGUUUCUCUGCACAAUACACUCUACACAAAAGCUGGAGGAAUAAUACGAGCUUUAUCUCUGCAUUUAAAUCCUUCAUCUUUUGUUCUUUUUGUCUCUGUUCAGCUUACUGCAACUUUAUUUAUCUGCUCUGUAUUUAGAUAUGAAAAAAGUAUGAGGAAAUUCUUAAAGAAGCGAAUGCGGGGGGAAUAGAUCGAUUAAAUUGCGCCAUCAUCACUCAGACUUGGUAUCUAUGAGCUUAAAAGUGAGAAAUGUGUGAUUUCUAUUCCUCUGAGGUGACUGAAAGGUUACUUGGAAUGGGAGUUUUUCUGCUGCUGGAAACCCCAGGUGAGCCUUAGUUUAUGAACCGCACAUUCGAAUUGACCUCUCAUUUCAAAGGCCAGGCGCCUGUAUGAAGGCAGCGCUCCUUGAGUGUGUGUGAGUGAGUGUGUUUCAUUUUCACAGUUUUUGCUGAACAAAAAAAAAAAAAAGAAAACAACAUGGUACCAAAAUCUAAUGUAUGACUUACUCUGGUUUAGAUAACGAGGCAGUCGGAGUUUACCCAAGUCAUACAUGUCUCCUAGUGUUCUGUAUAUAAAAGGAUUUUUCUCUUUUACUAGUGAAAAAUGUUUGUUCUCUCUGAAGUCAUACGUCAGCGUCAUAGUUUACAGCAGUGCGAGUACCUUUUAUUCUUUCCUCCUUCGUCUGUCUUUUAGGUUGUUAACGGUACACAGCACAGCUCUCUUCAGAAGAGGCAAUAUGUUUUAUAAACCAUGAAAAAAGAUUUCUAAAAAAAAGAAGAAAAAAGUGAAACAUGAUCAAAAACAGACUCUGUUUUUACUGUAAAGGCGUUGGGAUACUAGCAAAGUGGCACUUUGAAAAGUAUUUUAAAAAGAAUCACACACACACACACUGCUGUUGAAUAAUCUGUAGAUGCUAAUGAUGUUUAAAUCCAGGUUUCUGGUUGAUUUUGAUUUUUUUUUUUCUGUUUUCAAAAAGGCACUUCCUGGCGGUAUUUUAAGUGCUUUAAAUGUAACGAUGUGGAUAUUUCUUUUUGUGUUUGUUUUAGUCAUUUUUACAGUAUUUUACUACUGGAAUCUACAGUUUGUUCACCAGACAUGGAAUUAUUUGAGGUUUUUUAGUUAUUUUUAUUUUUUCGCUUUGUUUUGUUUUUAAACUUUGAAAAGUUUUCACUGAGCUUAUUUAAAACAGUGGUGAAUAACUCGGUAAAUAGUUUAAAAUAUAUGUAUAAGAGAAUAGAACUAUCAUGGGUCAGAUUUUUGAGAAAUAAACAUUUUUUCUAACCAAAGUGUCCUGGAACAAAGUCAUCAUGCUUUUGUAACUGAAUAAAGGAAUAACUACGGA